GAGCUGCGCUGGAGGUCCGCCCAGAUGCGGGUCUCCUCAGCCUUGGCGGCCUCGACUCUCUUUGCUGUCUUGAUCUGGCCUUGCUCUGGCCUUCAUGGGGAGAUGGACGUGAGAAUAUAUUGUUCUCUGGACUGGGUGAUGGUCUCCGUCAGCCCACACAGAUCCAGCAGAAGCAACCCCUAUAUGUUUGUGGAUGAAUUAGUUCUGGGCUCGAACUGCCCGGCGACGGAAAUACAAGCAUACGUGUAUCAUUUUGUGUACCCUGUUAGUGCCUGUGGCAUCAGGACACAGGUGAUCUCUGAGGAUGUUCUCCUUGUUGAAACGGAGCUGUACUACACCCCAAGGGAAGAUCACAGUGACCCCGAGAAGACCUCCUUGGCGUGCAUUACCUCUCUAAAAUCAGUGUGGAUUAUUCCAGUUUCUACUGAGGAAGAUACGAAAUUGAAGACGAGUCACUUUAUAUCUGACUUUCAGACAACACCAGAAGAGUUAGGCUUAUUAAAUUCUAGUCAAAUAUGCCCAUCCUGA